GUUUACCUUCCAGGUGGAUCAUUAUCAAAAUACGAGAAAAUGAAAAGAAAAAAGAAAACAAGGUAUUUUAAAAGAUAAUUGCAUAAAACAGAACAUACCAUCAGUAAUGGAAUUGAAGAAAAAGUACAACGUUUGUUAAAAGCAUCCUUUUUGAAAUAAGAAACGGAAAUGGAGGCAAACGUUGAUAUUGAAAAACAGUUCCUAAGACUGAUUAUGUUUUGCCAUAAGAUAUCCUUACCAGUUGUUAGAACAUUUUUUGUAAGUGGUGUUCUUGGAUGCCCUGAUUAUAACAACAACAUUAGUACUUUUCUUGAACAUCACAAACAUGAAAUAUUUCAUCUUGUUGGAGAUUAUAAGUGUUGUCAAUGCACCAAUCUGCCUUUAUUUCAAACAAGUUCACUUAAAUUUCGCCUUGGAAAGGAUCAAUUCAAGAAAUUAUAUGAAAUUGGGCUUUCACAACCCGGUCAUUUUAUGAAAGGAUCCGGAGGACGAGUUAUUCAGCAAUGUCUGUGCUGUGUUACAGUUAGAAAAGAAACAGAUCCAAAGACAUAUGAUAUAUCCUUGUUGUUCGCCAUUUUAUAUAACUGUGUUCAAUUAUCCGAUAACAGAAGAUUAUGGUUAGAUACAAUUAGAAAGGGGAGAAAUAGAUUAUGUCAUCUUAAUGAUAUAAACGACCUUUCGGAAAAUGAGCUUCAAACAUUGUGGGGAAACUUAGAAUGUUCUGUUGUUCGGUUAGCUGAAGAGAUCCAUUCACUUCCAUAUUAUAAAGAAUGCAUAGAGCAACACGUUGACACCUUCAAAUAUACAGACUACAACAGAGAGGCUAUAGUUCCGAUUAUAGAAUCAAUGAGAUCUGAAAUAAACAAUAAUAUCAAUGAGGUCAUACAGAAUCAAAUGAUUUCUCAAGAGGAAAUAAAAUGUCUGACCAUAAAUGUCGAACAACUUUCACAAAACUGUAAGAGAGACAACAAAAAUAUGUUGAAUCACGUAGCAGAAUCAGCAAAAACUAUUGUUGAUUUACAUCAAGACGCGGUUCAUCAAGUGUCAGCACAAGUAGCUAAAUGCCAUAUCGAAGAGAUAGAAUUCAUUAAAGAUCAGAAUAAAGCUGUCAUCGAGUCAUCUGAAAAAGUUUCAGGAACAAUGGAUCAUGUCAUAGAAAAAUUGAAUUUUCUAGUCGAUAUAGCUAUAGACAACAAGAAAUAUCAACACACAGAAAACGACAGUACUUUACCAAAAGGUGGUCAAUAUAACGAAAGGUGCACAACACAGGAGCAAAAGUAUAGUGAAGAGCGAGGUAAAGUUAUAGACAUAGAGCGCUGUAAGUUACAUUGGAGGAUAGAGACCCCAGAAUAUCUGGAAUAUAAAAAGGAUGAUAUCGUGAAGGCAAUGAAAAAUGCGAUUGAGAUUGUGAAAAUAGGUACCUGUCAUGAAAUUGAAGACAUCAAUGAGGGCUCUAUAACUAUUGAUACAUUACUUCCAAUCAGUAUACUACAAGACGGAAAAGCAUUUCAUCAUUCCAUUCGAAAAUUUUUGGAUGCAAUGGUCAGCAUUUGUGGGAUAGACACGAGUAUUCCAUUAGAAGUAAAGGUCCAGAUUACUUUAAUUGACCAGGAACAAGGGUCGGUUAGAUAUUCCAUUGAUGAGAUUAACCACACAACAACGAUUAAUCGAGCUGUACAAGCUGUACCAACAAUGAUUGAUAGAAGCACUACAGCAAUUGAAAGUCCAAUCAAUGAAACUACUGACAAUCCAGAUUGCAUCGAAAGAGAAGUUGGCGUACUAAUGGUGUAUAGUAUGAAGAUUAAAGAUAAUGCAUUGAUUCCACCUUCUAAACUGCCAUUUUUUCGUACCAAUGAUGAUGACAGCAAAGGGAUAACGAUAACGAAUCUCGAUCAUACAAAUAUGGUACUACUGGGAUGUUUCGAUGAUGUAGAGUGGGUUGAAUCAAUAUUAACUGUUUGUGAAAGUCUUACACCAAUUUGUCAGAUACAGAACACAAAAAUGACAAAAAAGCUUCUCAACCAAGUGAAACAUAUUGUAUUUGUUGCUUCUAUGUCAUCACAAGAAUCUUAUAAUCUAAAACCAUUGCUGGAAUGUCUCAGUGAGUCUAAACUGUUACCAAAAAAAUUCGUUACAAUAAAAAGGGAUCACAUUAUGCUUCCAGAUGUGUUGAAAAAAUCAAAACAAAUCAGUAUUAGUGUUGUAGAGAAAGAAUGGGUUUCUAACGUGAUGGAUGCUAUAGCUAUGACAGGAUCAACGCUGUAUAGUUUAACACUUUUCAUGAAGAAAAAUUCUAUGCGGAUUCGAAACUUUAAUUUAAUACAUGGACAACCUUAUUGUGACGAGACUAAUGGAACAUUUUUCAUUCUAGGCAGUUUCAAGCAUGUUUCAUUCAUUAAUUCAAUUCUUUCCAAAUAUAAAUCAAAACUGACAAGUUUUAGAGACUUCGAGAUCCGUGUACAACCAAAUUCUUGGAUAUCUUUGAAUACCGAUAGUCUGAAAGGGAUAAUAUGUGUACCUUCAGAAGAUUUUCAACUUGAAUAUCUUUUUCAUCCGGUCAUUAAGCACAUAAAACUCUGGCCGACAAAUGUAUUAACAGUACUGAUAAAUCAAAUGAAUUUACCGAAAUUACUGAAAGGAACAAAACCUAUUGAUGCAACUGGAAACAACGAAGAUUGGGUACCAGAAUUUAUUGAUGCAGUACAGACAAUGCCGUCUAAGGCAUACGUACUAAGAUACAGAGAUGAACACUAUAUUCGCCGCCAAAGAUAUAUCCAAAAUGUAAAGGGCAAUGAAAUCAUUGAUAAAGGAUUGCUUUUAGUAAUGGGGAGUACCAAAGCGAUACAAUGGUUUGAUAAUGUUUUGUCAAAGAAUGAUCAGACUCCAAAGAUGCAAUUAGUGCAAGUACCUUUUGAACAACUUCGCAGUACCACUAUUAAAAGCAUAAUAUGCGUUAUAGCGAACUCAAAUGAAGAUGUUUCACUUCACCCAAAUAUGAAACAAUUUGCAUGUUGGCCAAAUAAUGUCAUAACAGUAGUUAUGGAAAAUAUGACUGUACCAGACUUGCUGAAAGAAACAACACAAAUCUUUGAAACUGGUAAUGAGGCAAACUGGCUUGCAGAUGUUAUGGAUGCAAUAAAUAGAUCAAUUUCCAUUGUAAACAUAUUGAGAUUCUCCUGUGGUGAAAUCCAUGAUGUCAACCAUGAGGAUGUUUUGCUGAUGGGGAAUACCUUAGAUGUACAAUGGUUUUAUUCUGCUUUGUAUAAGUUGCAAAAUGCCGUACAUUCAGAGAUCAAAUUAACGCAAAUUUCGCUUGAGAAACUUUGCAGAAAAACUGUAAAAAGCAUUAUAUGUGUCGUACAAGAAAGUUCAAAAGAGGAAGACUUUUUUCUGUAUUCAAGUAUUAAAGAUUUCGAAUGUUGGCCAAAAAACGUCAUUACAGUUGUCCGGGAUGAAAGGACUGUACCGAAUCUGUUUGAAGGAACCAACAUAAUUGAUGCCACUGGUAGACAAGCAAAAUGGCUUUCAGAAGUUAUGGAUGCAAUCAAUAAAGCAACGUCUAUGGUAUACAUAUGUAUGUAUGGUCCUUCAAGAUAUCCACCACUGCAUUAUUUUAACGAGAUUGAGGGGAUGAGGGAUGAAUUGAUUUUGUUGAAAGGAAAAACUAUAGGGAUACUCUGGUUUUAUUUUACAUUGAAGAUGUCAGAAAGUACCAUGGAUCCAAGUAUGAAAUUAAUGCUUAGUAAAACAGGAAAUAUUCGAAUGACAAACAUAAAGAGCAUUAUAUGUAUUAUAACUAAAUCCUCAAAAGAAGAAGACUUUUCUAUUAUGGAUUUAGGAUCUUUGAAAAAUGACAUUGUAACAGUGGUCCGGGACAAUGUGACGGUACCAAUUAUUUUGAAAGAAACCAAACAAAUUGAUGAAGAUGGCAAUGAUGAGAAAUGGAUUUUAGAUGUUAUGGAUGUGAUACAUAGACAAAUGUCCAUGGUAUACACAUUGAGGUUGAUAAAUAAGAGCGUACUUGGAAAAAUUCAAAGAAAUCGUCGGCGUGCUACACGUAAUGAUAUCGAUGAUUAUAAGUUGAUUGUGCUUAUGGGGAAUACCAAAGAGGUACGAUGCUUUUAUUCUGAUUUAUCAAAAUCAGAAAAGACUAUAGACUCAUAUAUGAAUUUAAUGCCUUUAGUAGAACUGCAAAAGACAGCAAUUAAGGGUAUCAUAUGUGUCGUAGCUAAAUUUUCAAAAGAAGAAGACUUUUUACUGUAUCCGAAAGUUCAGUCUCAGUUUGACGUUGACACAGUCACUGUAGUCCGGGACAAAAUGACUGUCCCAAAUCUGUUGAAAGAAACCAAACAAAUCAAUGACACUGGUACUGAUGACAAAUGGCUUUCAGAUGUUAUGGAUAUAAUAAACAGAAAGAUGUCCAUGGUAUAUAUAUUGAGAUACACCGAAGAUCGUUCAGGAAAUGAGUCAUAUGAUAGUAAUCAUCCAAUGUAUGAUGAAAAUUAUAGAUUGAUUUGGCUUAUGGGGAAUACCAACGAGAUACGAUGGUUUUAUUCUGCUUUGUCACAGUCCAAGAAGAUUUCACGAAAAGAAUUAUUGCAUGUGCCGUCAAAACAACUUCACACUGUCACUGUUCAGAAUAUGAUAUAUAUCAUAGGAAAAACUACAACGGAAGACUCUUUACAACUCCCAAAUUUUGAGGAUUUUAAAUAUAACCCAGCAAACGUGAUAACAAUAGUUCUGGAAAAUAUACAGGUACCAAAUGUUUUGAAGGAAACUAAACAAAUCAAUGUCACUGGUAAUGAUGACAAAUGGUUGUCGGAUGUAUUAGAUGAAAUCAAAAGCACAGAAACGAUUAACAUUCGUACUCCAUUUCUUGACGUGAGAGAAACCCUAAUGUUGACACCUUUUAGGAAGAGCAGAAGAAUAACAAGUAUGGGUAGAUACAAUAGACGCAGAGAAUUAGGGAAUGUGUAUAGUGUUUAUCCACACCAUCAUGGAGUAACAGAGGACGAAGAAUGGAAAUGUAUUAUAACAGACCAGGAUAUAACGGAUCUAUACCAAGGUGAUGGAGAUGACAAAAGUGAAACCGAUUCAGGUAUAGCGUGA